UGAUCCGAGGCGACAAAGCACAGCGACUGGUAUCCCAGCCAGAGAGGAGAGAGGAGCCGCGUCCCCGCGUCCCGCUCAGCUCCUCCACACUCCCCCGGCGCAGGACAGGAUGAACGCAUUCGGGACAUCUGGACACUUCGGACACUUUGGACAGCAGCCCGCAGUGGAAAACAGGAUUUAGUGGAGAAGUUGGCUUUCGAGCGGCGGCGCCUGAGCUGAGGACUCUCUCUGUCAAGUCGUAAAGGAGGAUUUCUGAUUUUUUUUUUUUCGCUGUCGCCAAACUGCUACGCAAAGCCCGAGGACGGAUUUAAGAGUAGUUUGGGUUUUUUUCUUCUGAGGUUUAUUGGAGAAUAAAGGCUUUUCCCCUGCUGAAUGCUUACUGGCAUUUGAAAAGCUGAGAUUUGGUGUCAGAACGGCAUACUUGUGGUCGGCGCCGGGGAGUUGUCGCUGGGACGGUUUCUCGCGGCGUCCGAGGCCGCCGUUCUGUGGGACAGCAUGCGAACGGAGGAUGCGGUCUGAGCUGUCGGAGUCGGGCCUCGCUGCUCUCUGCCUCGCCGCGUCGUCCAGAGGAAUGACGGCUCUCUGGUGCUCACUCUGGCUUUUCUUCCUCCUGCCUCUGUCCGUCAGUCCGGCCAGGCUGCCCACCGCUCAGCCCACAGACUCUGUGUCCAGUGAGACACCCUUCCUGGAGGACUAUGUUCUGGGCAUGGGCGACACCGUGGACAUGGCAUGUGACCUGGAAGACCCCGCCCAGCCCGUCGUCUGGUACAAGGACGGCGCCGGGCUGGUGCCUAGCAACCGGACGCGGCUGGGCCAGCGGAUGCUGCGCAUCAUCAACAUCUCGUACGAGGACUCGGGCGUCUACUCGUGCCGCCUCGCCCACGGCAACACGCUCCUCAACAACUACACCAUCAAGGUGACAGACUCUCUGUCGUCUGGCGAUGAUGAGGAUUAUGACGAAGAUCCGGAAGAUGCAGGUAAUGGAAAUGAAGCGCCGUACUGGACCAGGCCCGACCGGAUGGACAAGAAGCUGCUGGCCAUCCCGGCUGCCAACACGGUCAAGUUCCGCUGCGCCGCGGCCGGCAACCCGACGCCGACCAUCCACUGGCUGAAGAACGGCAAGGAGUUUAAGGGCGAGCAGCGGAUGGGAGGCAUCAAGCUGAGGCACCAGCAGUGGAGUCUGGUGAUGGAGAGCGCCGUGCCGUCCGACAGGGGCAACUACACCUGCGUGGUGCAGAACAAGUACGGCACCAUCACGCACACCUACCAGCUGGACGUGUUGGAGCGCUCCCCUCACAGGCCCAUCCUCCAGGCGGGCCUCCCAGCCAAUCAGACGGUGGUGGUGGGCAGCGACGUGGAGUUUCACUGUAAGGUGUACAGCGACGCCCAGCCGCACAUCCAGUGGCUGAAGCACAUCGAGGUGAACGGGAGCCGCUAUGGCCCCGACGGCGUUCCCUACGUUAACAUCCUGAAGACGGCCGGCAUUAACACAACGGACAAGGAGCUAGAGAUUCUCUUCUUGACCAAUGUGUCUUUUGAGGAUGCGGGGGAGUACACCUGUCUAGCAGGGAACUCUAUCGGCUAUGCUUACCACUCUGCUUGGCUGACGGUGCUUCCAGCCGUGGACCCGGACAAGGAGGACGACUACGCCGACAUCCUCAUCUACGUGACGGGCUGCGUGCUCUUCAUCCUCGCCGUGGUCAUCGUCAUCCUCUGCCGCAUGAGGAUGACCACGCAGAAGACGCUGCCCACGCCGCCCGUGCAGAAACUGUCCAAGUUCCCCCUCAAGAGACAGCAGGUUUCCUUGGAUUCCAACUCCUCCAUGAACUCCAACACGCCGCUGGUCCGGAUCGCCCGCCUGUCGUCCAGCGACGGGCCGAUGCUGGCCAACGUCUCGGAGCUGGAGCUGCCCUCCGACCCCAAGUGGGAGUUUUCUCGAACCAGGCUGACGCUGGGCAAACCUCUGGGGGAGGGCUGCUUCGGUCAGGUCGUGAUGGCCGAAGCCGUCGGCAUCGACAAGGAGAAGCCCAACAAGCCGCUCACUGUUGCUGUGAAGAUGCUGAAAGACGACGCCACCGACAAAGACCUGUCAGACCUGGUGUCGGAGAUGGAGAUGAUGAAGAUGAUCGGGAAGCACAAAAACAUCAUCAACCUGCUGGGAGCGUGCACGCAGGACGGUCCGCUGUACGUGCUGGUGGAGUACGCCUCCAAAGGCAACCUGAGGGAGUACCUGAGGGCGCGGCGGCCGCCCGGCAUGGACUACUCCUUCGACACCUGCAAAAUCCCCGACGAGCAGCUCACCUUCAAAGACCUGGUGUCCUGCGCCUACCAGGUGGCCCGGGGCAUGGAGUACCUGGCCUCUCAGAAGUGUAUCCACAGAGACCUGGCAGCCAGGAACGUCCUUGUGACGGAGGACAACGUGAUGAAGAUCGCCGACUUCGGUCUCGCCAGAGACGUGCACAAUAUAGACUACUACAAGAAGACCACCAACGGUCGUCUGCCCGUGAAAUGGAUGGCUCCGGAGGCUCUGUUCGACCGGGUCUACACGCACCAGAGCGACGUAUGGUCCUAUGGUGUGUUACUAUGGGAGAUCUUCACCUUGGGGGGCUCGCCCUACCCAGGCAUCCCUGUAGAAGAGCUCUUUAAACUGCUGAAAGAGGGACAUCGGAUGGACAAGCCUGCCAACUGCACACAUGAGCUCUACAUGAUCAUGCGGGAGUGCUGGCAUGCUGUGCCGUCUCAGAGGCCGACCUUCAGACAGCUGGUGGAAGAUCACGACCGGGUUUUAUCAAUGACCUCCACCGAUGAGUACCUGGACCUGUCGGUGCCCUUCGAGCAGUACUCGCCCACCUGUCAGGACUCCAACAGCACCUGCUCCUCAGGGGACGACUCGGUGUUCGCCCACGACCCGCUGCCUGACGAGCCCUGUCUUCCCAAACAGCUGCCCAGCAACGGGGUGAUUAGGACAUAAAAACCCGCGCGGGGGGCGAAUCGGUCGACCCCCCGACGUGGGACCGGUGAUCACCUCUCAGUGACGUCUCUCAGACAACCUCCUCAAGAUAUGGAAAACACACACAUGGGAAAAAAAAGUAAAUCAAAACGACACCGCAUGCAAUACUUCCACAGCGCUUCAGCUCUUUGAUUCGUCUUAAACUCUUGGUAGAAAAUCUGAGUUUUUUUUCCCUCAAGAAACUCUUAAAGCAUCGAAGGAUUUUUUUUUUCUUUUAUCACUGAA